AUGGCGGAGCGAGAGAGCGGCGGCCUGGGCGGGGGGGCCGCGUCCCCGCCCGCCGCCUCCCCGUUUCUGGGGCUGCACAUCGCGUCGCCGCCCAAUUUCAGGCUCACCCACGACAUCAGCCUGGAGGAGUUUGAGGAUGAAGACCUCUCAGAGAUCACCGAUGAGUGUGGCAUCAGCCUGCAAUGCAAAGAUACCCUGUCCUUACGGCCCCCGCGCGCCGGGCUGCUGUCUGGGGGCGGCGGCGGCGCGGGCAGCCGGCUGCAGGCCGAGAUGCUGCAGAUGGACCUGAUCGACGCGGCCGGGGACACUCCCGGCGCCGAGGACGACGAGGAGGACGACGAGGAGGAGCGCGCGGCGCGCCGGCCGGGAGCCGUGCCGCCCGAGGCCGAGCCCCGCCAGGAGUCGGCGCCCCGCGGCCAGGGCCAGGGCCAGGGCCAGGGCGGCGGGGACACGUACCGCCCCAAGCGGCCGACCACCCUCAACCUCUUCCCGCAGGUGCCGCGGUCUCAGGACACACUGAAUAAUAACUCUCUGGGCAAGAAGCACAGUUGGCAGGAUCGGGUGUCUCGAUCGUCCUCGCCCCUGAAGACAGGGGAGCAGACACCGCCACAUGAACACAUCUGCCUGAGCGAUGAAUUGCCACCCCAGAGCAGCCCCGCCCCCACCAAGGAUCGAGGCACCUCCACCGACAGCCCUUGCCGCCGCAGUGCCGCCACCCAGAUGGCACCUCCCAGCGGCCCCCCUGCUGUCCCACCCGGCGGUCGGGGUCACCCGCAUCGAGACCGCAUCCACUACCAGGCGGACGUGCGGCUAGAGGCCACUGAGGAGAUCUACCUGACGCCGGUGCAGCGGCCCCCAGACCCCGCAGAGCCCGCUUCCGCCUUCCUGCCGCCAGCUGAGAGCCGGAUGUCAGUCAGCUCAGAUCCAGACCCUGCUGCCUACCCCUCAACGGCGGGGCGGCCCCACCCCUCCAUCAGUGAAGAGGACGAGGGCUUUGACUGCUUGUCGUCCCCAGAGCGGGUUGAGCCGCCAGGCGGAGGGUGGCGGGGGAGCCUGGGGGAGCCGCCGCCACCUCCACGGGCUUCACUGAGCUCGGACACCAGCGCCUUGUCCUACGACUCGGUCAAGUACACGCUGGUGGUGGAUGAGCACGCACAGCUGGAGCUGGUGAGCCUGCGGCCCUGCUUCGGAGACUACAGCGACGAGAGUGACUCGGCCACUGUCUACGACAACUGUGCCUCCGCCUCCUCGCCCUAUGAGUCGGCCAUCGGGGAGGAAUAUGAGGAGGCCCCCCGACCUCGGCCCUCCGCCUGCCUGUCCGAGGACUCUACGCCUGACGAACCCGACGUCCACUUCUCCAAGAAGUUCCUGAACGUCUUCAUGAGUGGCCGUUCUCGCUCCUCUAGUGCAGAGUCCUUCGGCCUCUUCUCCUGUGUCAUCAAUGGGGAGGAGCAGGAGCAGACCCACCGGGCCAUAUUCAGGUUUGUGCCUCGACACGAAGAUGAACUGGAGCUGGAAGUGGAUGAUCCCCUGCUGGUGGAGCUGCAGGCGGAGGACUACUGGUAUGAGGCCUACAAUAUGCGCACAGGUGUCCGGGGCAUCUUUCCUGCCUACUAUGCCAUCGAGGUCACCAAGGAGCCUGAUCACAUGGCAGCCCUGACCAAAAACAGUGAUUGGGUGGACCAGUUCCGGGUGAAGUUCCUGGGCUCAGUCCAGGUUCCCUACCACAAGGGCAAUGACGUCCUCUGUGCUGCUAUGCAAAAGAUUGCCACCACCCGCCGGCUCACCGUGCACUUUAACCCGCCCUCCAGCUGUGUGCUGGAGAUCAGCGUGCGGGGCGUGAAGAUAGGCGUCAAGGCUGAAGACUCCCAGGAGGCCAAGGGGAAUAAAUGUAGCCACUUUUUCCAGUUGAAAAACAUCUCUUUCUGCGGAUACCAUCCAAAGAACAACAAGUACUUUGGGUUCAUCACCAAGCACCCCGCUGACCACCGGUUUGCCUGCCAUGUCUUUGUGUCUGAAGAAUCCACCAAAGCCCUGGCAGAAUCUGUGGGGAGAGCGUUCCAGCAGUUCUACAAGCAGUUCGUGGAGUACACCUGCCCCACAGAAGACAUCUACCUGGAGUAGCGGCUGCCGCCUUCGCCCCUGGGCGCGGGCCGGUGCCAGGACAGCUGGCUGCUGACAGGAGAGGCGCUGCUCGCGGAGGACACGCGCCGCCAGAGGAUGGGGAAGUGGGGGCCACUGG